GAUACACAGAACUAGCAAAAAGCUAUUAUACAAUGGGACAAACUCAGCAGGAAGCUAAGUCAAGCAGUGUUGCCCAAGGGGAGCACAGGAUACCUCAGAGGUAUCACAGGCCACGCACACAGAGUCCUUGGGACUGAUAACUCCAGUCUCUUCCAUGGGAAAAGCCAAGCUCCCAGGAAUGGAAACAUAACUUCUCCUAGGCCCUGGCUCCAGCCCCAGACUGUACUUGACCAAGACUCCCUGGACAAGGACACGGCCUCCGCUUCCUUUUGUCCUUUCCUGAAGGCCUCUGAGAAAGCCUUGGAUCAGCUCAACAAUCAGCUGCUUGCUAGACUUAGAACAUGAAAAAAAAAUCUCAUUACUAGCAUUAUUGCCCUUUAAUACUUACCUUUGAGCCUCUUAAAAAUAUUGCUUGAAAGCCAGGUGUGGGGACACAUGCCUGUAGUCCCAGCCCUUGGGGGCUAGAGCCAAGAAGAUUAUAAAGUUUGAGGUCAGCCAGUUCCUUCAGGCCCUGACUUUUAAUAAUCAGGAAUAAAAUAAAAUGGAUCAUUGUCUGUCAUCUAUUGAAACAUUACCUGUGAUGCCCUCGGAAAACACAGUAGCCCUUUUGUGAGGUAUGUAGUAGUACUUCAGUUCUGUGCACACCAGAUACUGAACUAAUCCAUGUUAAGUGGCUCUGUCACUCAGCAGACCUUCAUUGACUUAUUUUUGGAGGUCUGUAACUUGAUUACCUAACCCAAAGAAAAAAUAGGAAGUGAAUAUCUGUUAUUUCCCCAUCACCCCCAAGCAGUUCAGGUUUGUGUCCACACCAUCAGUCACCCCAAAGGAAAGGGAAAGAGGUGCUGCCAUCAACUCAGGUGACUAAAUUUCCAUAGAGCAGGUGAUUUGCCUCAUCUAAUGAAAUGAAAAUAGAAUCGCUAUUUUCUCUCUUAAUCUCAUGUCUCAUUAACUAGAACAAAUACAUUGUUUUAGAGUCACAUUUCUUGAUGGACCACAUAUGCACCCUCUAUCAGAAAGAGCACACUGUAGUUAGUGUCCAUGGCUACCAAGGGUGCAGAACUUGAGCUGUGGCAGAGUUAGGAACCGUCAGUUCUGGCAGUGCCAACGAGCUGAUGACGCUUAGUUAUUUCUCUUCUUUGUUUAGAAUUGUCUGUAGAUAGUGCACUCCCCAUUCACUGCCUCAGGGUAGAGCUCUCUGCCUUGCCUGUAGGACACUAUUGCUUCAUUCCACUUAGGUAUGGUAAGGAGAUGCCAGACAAACACAUUGGCUCACUCUGGUAUAGCCAGUCCAGAGAGUGUGACUCCAACAAACUGGUAAUACCUAACAUCCAACAUUCUAACCCCAAUUGCAUGUAGCCUAGAAUUCAGACACCGACAACUUCAACACUCCCCUCUGGAUGUCGUGUUUGCAUUCUCCAGCUCUCCUCUCCCCUUCGCAGUAGUCCAGCUCUGUAUACAGGGUCUCUAUCAGCCACUCUAGCAACUCAAUCUCCAUUGCAUUUCAUUCCUUCAUUUUUAAAAACACUUAUUUCCUUGUUAUACGUUUCUGUUUGCCUAAGACUUAGGUCUUUUGGGACAGGGCCCUUAUUUGCUUUGUGCUAGAACUAGGCAUUAAUGACUGCAGAUUGAAUUUACGACUGUCAGCUGGAGUUGCUUUUACCCUGAAGGGGAAUGCGGCAAUUUCUGCAGAUAGUUUUAGUGGCUGCAGCUGAGGGACGUGCUGCUGGCGCCUAACAGGCAGAGACUAGACGUGCUGCUAAGGGCUCUGUGUGGAACAGUUCCCACCAGCAAAGAGUGAUCUGGCCCAGACUGAGAGAGAGAAAUCUUUCAAUGCACUGUUAAGUUUUCUGCAGCAUACACUGAAGGAAGCCCUUCAGCCGUAAUGCAGACUCCAAGAUCUGCGAGUGGCCUACUUAUUUAAGAGUUUCUCAAGCCUGUGGGUGCAUUAGCAUCUCCCGGAGAGCUUGUCAAAGCACUAGAGUCUGGAUCUCCUCCCAAGUAUCGGAACAUUAGAUUCUGCAUCGCUGGAAGUUUUUGAGCCAUGCUGAUGUUGUUGGCUCCAGACCCGCAUUUUGUGAACAGCUGCUUUAAAGAGCACAGGUACCUGGAGGAUUGAUUUAAGCCUUUCCUCCUCAAAGUCAUAGCCACGGUCUAGAGAGGCACCUUGCUGGGCAGCCAGGCCUUUCCUGGUUCUGUCUCUCCCCACUCAGUAUCUGCCAGAGUGUCUGUGGCUGGCCAUGCCUUAAUAUACCACAGAGACCACAUUCUAGAUACCAAAUGGUAAUAGCGGGGGAACCUACGCCUCUCUGCCCUCUCCCCAUGCAUUAACCAGUUACCAUCCAGAGGUCCAGGACCUUGAACAGUAGAUGACAUCUUCCCUCCUACAUCCAGAUGCCAGUCCUUGAGAGUAUCUGCUCCGAAUCAGGCUUAAGGGCGGCGUCCAGACUCAAAAAUAUUGAGUGUCAGCAAGAAAUCUAUUGAAACAAGUUUGUCACAUCGGUAGUUUUCAAAGUGUGACCCUUGGACCAUCAUCAUCACCAACCAUACAAAUUCUUGAUCCUCACUCCAUUAUCUGAAACUGAGAUUGGAACCUAGUCAUGUGUAACACGCCCUCUGAGUGUUUCUGUUGCUGGCUUAAAAUAGACAUACAGGAAAUACCCCCUCCCGCCCCACAAGUUCAAGAACUCCUGAUGUGGACUGUUUUCCUUUCUUACCUGUGGUCGCCAGAGAUGCCCACAGCAUCAGUACCCUCCCAAAGGCUUCCCUGUAGGGCCUCAGCGCCCGACAGGAAACAGCUAGACCACCUCGGUAGAAUCUGCCAUUCGUAUGCGGGAUUUUCUGACUGUCUCUGGCAUGGCAGGGUGCUGGAGGUAGACCAUAUCAGCCCUCGGACGCACAGACCCUGGCAGGAUCGCUCGGGCUGGGGAAGGAGAUGAUGUGGGCCGGUUUUCUGGGGUGCCCGGCUGGCGUCCCGCCCUGCGUUCCUGCGUAAACAGGCGGUUCCCUCGGCAACGCCUGGAACCCACGUCAAGGUUCUACCGCCCCGUUUCGGCCGAGCCCCACCCACUUCUCGCGGCGGCCACUUGGGUCCGCUCAGCCCUUCACCCUGCUGCGGGAUGAGCAGAGCGGCGACCUGCGCGGGGCCCCAUGGAGGAGCAGGAGCGGCCCCCCGGCCGCCCGCCCGCGAGCGUGGCCUUACCAGGCAGCGCUCAUCCGGGCGGGGCGGCUUCCACGGCCACCGCGGCCGCGCUGUCGUUCAGCGCCGUCGCCACGGUAACCCUGGGAAACCAGAGUGAUGCGGGCCGGCCGGAGGCGGCGGGGUCUCGGGGACCUGCGCCGCUGCUGUGGCACGGGGCGGCGGUGGCCGCCCAGGCGCUCGUGCUCCUGCUCAUCUUCCUGCUGUCUAGCCUGGGCAACUGCGCGGUGAUGGGGGUGAUCGUGAAGCACCGGCAGCUGCGCACGGUCACCAACGCUUUCAUCCUGUCGUUGUCCCUGUCCGACCUGCUCACCGCGCUGCUCUGUCUACCCGCCGCCUUCCUAGACCUGUUCGCGCCUCCCGGAGAUUCGGGGCCCUGGCGCAGCUUCUGCGCCGCCAGCCGCUUCUUCAGUUCGUGCUUUGGCAUCGUGUCCACGUUCAGCGUGGCGCUCAUCUCUCUGGACCGUUACUGCGCCAUCGUGCGUCCGCCGCGGGAUAAGCUGGGCAGGCGACGCGCUCUGCAGUUGCUGGCCGGAGCCUGGCUGGCGGCGCUCGGCUUCUCGCUGCCUUGGGAGCUGCUUCGGGCGCCCAGGGAGCCCCCUGCUCCGCAGAGCUUCCACCGCUGCCUUUACCGGACCUCCCCAGACCCCGCGCAGCUGGGCGCCAUCUACAGCGUGGGGUUGGUGGUGGCCUGCUACCUGCUGCCCUUCCUGCUGAUGUGCUUCUGCCGCUACCACAUCUGCAAGACCGUGCGCCUGUCGGACGUGCGCGUGCGGCCGAUGACCACCUACGCGCGCGUGCUGCGCUUCUUCAGCGAGGUGCGCACGGCCACCACCGUGCUCAUCAUGAUUAUCUUCGUCAUCUGCUGCUGGGGCCCCUACUGCUUCCUGGUGCUUCUGGCGGCGACUCGGCAGGGUCAGGCCACUCAGGCCCCCUCGUUGCUCAAUGUGGCGGCUGUAUGGCUGACGUGGGCCAAUGGGGCUAUCAACCCUGUCAUCUAUGCCAUCCGCAACCCCAACAUUUCCAUGCUCCUAGGACGCAAUCGUGAGGAGGGUUACAGGACUAGGAACAUGGAUGCUUUUUUGCCCAGCCAAGGUCUAGGUUUGCAUGCCAGAAGCCUCAAUCACCUUCGAAAUGGCUGUACCAGCAGGCUGGGGGCUUGUAGCAGGAUGCCUUCUUCCAACCCGGCUAGCGGGGCAGGAGGGGAAGUGGUCAUGUGGGCUCGCAAAAACCCAGUUGUGCUCUUCUUUCGAGAGGGACCACCAGAUCCAGUUAUGGCAGUAGGCAAACAGCAUAAAUCUGAAGCCGGGGGCAGUAGCCACUAAGAAGGGUUGAGGUGGACAGCUUGUAAUAACAGUAGAUUUCCACCCCUCUCAUUUAGUGAUGCGGGAAUCAGGGAGAAUUGUGAAUGUCAUAAAGCCAAACAUUUAAAACUAAAAAGACAGGAAUGGGAGGGGUACCACUUCAUUCCCAAACAUAAAAGUCGCAAAAAAUCAUCCCCUUUCUUCAAAAGUGCCAAAAGGAAUGUGAAAUGCAAAAUUUCAAACAAUCUUAAACCACACAACCAAGUGUUGUGGGGUGUAAGUGCAAAAAAAAGCAACAAAAAUAAAAUUUACAGUUACUGAAAAG